UCUUCUUGUCCUGUCUUGAAUAUAUUGUGCCUUCUGCGAACUUCAUUACCAUCAAUUUUCUUUCCUCCUUUCUCUUUUUGUUGCCCCAAAAUGCAUGUUGUUAUCAUUUAGUUAGUUAAAUUUGGUUUACACUUUAAUAGUUGAAAGGAAUGGGAAAAGAACAAGAGCCACCAAGCAUGGACCUCAAGCACAUGGUUGCUCUUGUCUCCCGCACCGGCCGCCAUAUGCAGCGCUACAACUUUCUCGGCCACCGCCAAGUCGUCGGAUGCAUUCCAUACAGAUACCGCGGGAAGAAGCCGCCGUGUGUGGUGGAUGGGGAAGAAAUCGAAGUCCUCGUCAUCACUUCUCAGAGAAAGGAGAAAGGGAUGUUGUUUCCAAAGGGAGGGUGGGAGAUAGAUGAAACGAUCGAGGCUGCUGCGCUGCGCGAGACAGUGGAGGAGGCAGGCGUGGUCGGAGAUGUUGAGUGUAAGCUGGGGAAGUGGAAUUUCAAGAGCAAAAGCAGUGAGACUAGCUAUGAGGGUCACAUGUUUCCGUUGCUUGUGAAAGAGCAGCUCGAGUUUUGGCCUGAGAAAGAUGUUCGUCAAAGAUUAUGGGUUAGUGUGAGAGAAGCCAGGAAGGUUUGCCAGUACUGGUGGAUGAAGGAGGCGUUAGAGUUGCUAGUCGGUCGUCUUUCAGCACAAGCGAAAGCAGACACGAAAUCUAACUUGUAGUAGCUGAGCUAACUCUCGUUUCAUUGUCUUUAAAUCUUGUAUAGAAUCAAGCUCAUAUGUCUAUCAAACUAGUGCAUCAGGCUUUCUUUAAAAACCCACCCUUUUUUCUCGAUGAUAUGCUUCGUGUUUGCUCUAUUUUAAGGAAACGAGAUUUGAUCGAACGACAUUAUUUCUUUACAAUCCGAUUCUAUGGUAUGUACAUUGGCUCUUA